UCAAGCAGCGAGACUGUACGGAGAGGUUGGAGUUAGGUAUCUGCGUGGAAUAGGCAUGGAUACCAAGGAGCAAGGAGCCCAAAUGGAGCCAUUAUUACCAACGAGAAACGAUGAAGAAGCCGUGGUGGACAGAGGGGGAACAUACAGUAUUCAGAAAACACAUUUUGAAAAGGAGGAUUUGGAAGGUCAUCGGACUCUGUAUAUCGGUGUUCACGUUCCACGGGAAAGGCGAAGCCACCGGCGGCACAGGCAUCGCGGGCACAAACAUCGCAAGCGUGAUCGAGAAAGAGACUCGAGCACGGAGGAUGGGAGGGAGUCUCCUACUUAUGAUACUCCAUCCCAACGUGUGCAGUUCAUUCUUGGAGUAGAGGAUGAUGAUGAAGAACAUGUUCCACACGAUCUCUUCACUGAACUUGAUGAAAUUUGCAUGCAUAAUGGUGAAGAUACAGAAUGGAAGGAGACUGCUAGAUGGCUGAAAUUUGAAGAGGAUGUUGAAGAUGGAGGGGAUCGAUGGAGUAAACCGUAUGUGGCUACACUAUCAUUGCAUAGUCUGUUUGAGUUGAGGAGUUGUAUCAUCAAUGGAACAGUCCUGUUGGACAUGAGAGCCAGCACCAUUGAGGAAAUUGGAGAUCUAAUUCUGGACCAACAAGUAGCCUCAGGACUGAGUGAUGAAAUUCGUCAAAAGGUGCAUCAGGCGCUCCUGAAACAGCAUCAUCAUCAAAGUCAAAAGAAGUUUAGCAAUCGAAUUCCUAUAGUAAGAUCUUUUGCUGAUAUUGGGAAGAAACACUCUGAUCCACAUUCACUGGAUAAAAAUGCUGGAGGGAAGACCUCAAGGCAUGCUGAAAUCUCUCCUCAAAGAGCUGCAGGCCACAUGAUCUCUCCGCAAUCUGCUCCUGCUCAUCUGGAAGGCAAAACUGAUGCCAGUCGAGAGAACAGUACUGUUGAUUUUAGUAAGGUGGAUAUGCACUUUAUGAAAAAGAUACCCCCAGGCGCAGAGGCUUCAAAUAUCCUAGUCGGAGAACUUGAAUUUCUGGAUCGAUCAAUUGUUGCGUUUGUUCGUUUAUCUCCAGCUGCAGUUUUAUCUGGAGUUGCUGAAGUUCCAAUCCCAACACGAUUCUUGUUUAUUCUCUUGGGUCCUCUUGGUAAGGGUCCUCAAUAUCAUGAGAUUGGCCGGUCGAUAGCAACACUGAUGAGUGAUGAGGUAUUUCACGAUGUUGCAUAUAAAGCAAAGGACCGCAAUGACUUGGUUGCUGGUGUGGAUGAAUUUCUUGAUCAAGUGACUGUGUUGCCACCUGGAGAGUGGGAUCCAUCCAUCCGAAUAGAACCACCAAAGAGUGUACCUUCCCAGGAGAAAAGGAAAAUUCCAGGAAUACCAAAUGGAACCACAGCUCAUGGAGAUCCUGACCCACAUGAGGAGCAUACAGGUCCUGAGUUGCAGAGAACAGGAAGGCUAUUUGGUGGAUUAUGUGAAGACAUCAAAAGAAAAAUCCCAUUUUUUUGGAGUGACUUUAGGGACGCUUUAAACUUGCAGUGUGUGGCAUCUUUCUUAUUCUUGUACUGUGCCUGUAUGUCGCCUGUCAUUACAUUUGGUGGUCUGCUGGGAGAAGCUACAGAAGGUUCCAUAAGUGCAAUUGAAUCUCUCUUUGGAGCGUCCAUGACAGGCAUAGCAUAUUCGCUGUUUGCAGGGCAGCCACUAACAAUCUUGGGGAGUACAGGGCCGGUCUUGGUGUUUGAGAAAAUACUGUUUAAAUUCUGCAAAGAAUAUGGCUUAUCCUAUCUUUCUUUGAGAACGUGUAUUGGACUUUGGACAGCUACUCUCUGUUUGGUGCUUGUUGCUACGGAUGCAAGUUCAUUGGUAUGCUACAUCACCCGGUUCACCGAAGAAGCAUUUGCUUCCCUUAUUUGCAUUAUAUUCAUCUAUGAGGCUUUAGAGAAGUUGUAUCACCUUGGUGAGACAUACCCUAUCAACAUGCACAAUCGUCUGGAACAACUGACACAUUAUUUUUGCAUUUGUUUGGAACCACAAAAUCCCAGCAAUAAAACUUUAGAAUACUGGAAUAACAACAAUAUCACAGCAACGGAAAUUCCAUGGGGAAAUCUGACUCUGUCGGAAUGUAUACAAUUUCAUGGAACAUUUUUUGGAACAGCUUGUGGUCAUCAUGGUCCAUAUGUUCCUGAUGUCCUGUUCUGGUCGAUAAUACUGUUCUUUUCCACGUGUACCUUGUCACACUUUCUGAAGCAAUUUAAGACCAGCCGAUAUUUUCCUACCAAGGUACGAUCAACAGUCAGUGAUUUUGCUGUCUUUCUUAGCAUUUUAACGAUGGUUUUAAUUGACUAUGGUCUUGGGAUCCCUUCGCCAAAGCUCCAAGUUCCAAGUGUUUUCAAGCCAACCAGAGAUGACCGUGGAUGGUUGAUUAAUCCUUUGGGUCCCAAUCCAUGGUGGACUAUAAUAGCAGCCUUUAUUCCAGCAUUGCUUUGUACCAUACUAGUCUUCAUGGACCAGCAGAUAACUGCAGUAAUCAUUAAUAGGAAGGAGCAUAAAUUGAAGAAAGGAUGUGGAUAUCAUUUGGACUUAAUUAUUAUGUCUAUCAUGCUUGGAAUUUGCUCUAUAAUGGGUUUGCCAUGGUUCGUAGCAGCUACUGUCCUUUCUAUAUCCCACGUCAACAGUCUGAAGUUGGAAUCUGAAUGCUCAGCACCUGGUGAACAGCCAAAAUUCUUGGGUAUUCGUGAACAACGAGUCACUGGCCUUAUGAUUUUUAUUCUUAUGGGCUCAUCUGUCUUCAUGACUUCUAUUUUACAGUUCAUUCCAAUGCCAGUAUUGUACGGAGUAUUCCUUUAUAUGGGUGCGUCUUCUCUUAGAGGAAUUCAGCUAUUUGAUCGGUUGAAGCUCUUCGGCAUGCCUACAAAACACCAACCAGAUUUCAUCUACCUUCGUCACGUGCCCCUACGGAAAGUACAUCUCUUUACUGUGAUCCAGGCUUCUUGCUUGAUCAUUCUCUGGGUAAUAAAAGCUUCUCGGGCUGCCAUUGUUUUUCCUAUGAUGGUUUUGGCACUUGUGUUUAUCCGAAAGCUGAUGGAUUUCAUUUUCACUAAGCGAGAACUGAGCUGGCUGGAUGACUUGAUGCCUGAGAGUAAAAAGAAAAAGUUAGAAGAUGAAGAAAAGGAAGAAGAACAAAUAAUGCUAACAUUAGCAGAGGAAGGAACAAUUCAUUUACCAUUGGAAGGAGCUUACAGGAAUGAUCCUUCUGAAAUUAACAUAUCUGAUGAAAUGGCCAAAACCUCUGUAUGGAAAGCCCUCCCCAUGAACACCGAAAAUGCAAAAAAUAAGAAUACAUUCUUUGAAUCAAAAAGCUCCCCUUCCUUACCUCUCUAGAAGCUAAUUCCCCAAAAGCUGCCCUGCUUACAAUGAAAUGGGAAAAGAGAAGAAAGCUUACUCAGGGAAGGGUAUCGACAGGGAAACAUGUCUUUAAUCUAUUUUACAUUUGGUUCCAUGUUUUCCUGCUCAUUGAAAAUCAGUGCCACAUUUAACAAUUCCCUUCGAUUCAAUUCCAAAUCUAUUAGUGUUGUAAUGUAACAGUUUAUUAUUGAAACCAGCGUAUGAUAAUUUACAUUGGCUGCAAUGUUUUUCCCAUUAGGUACUAACAUAAAUCAAAGAUUUUAAAUAUAAAACUAUUAGUGUAUUCAAUGUGCAGUUAAUGUUAGAAGACUGCAAUUUGUUGUAAUGUUCUGGUCAAAUAUCUCAUUUAGACUUUAUACCUGUAAUUUGAAAGUCAGUGUUUGUGAUUUGACAUUUUAAAUAUGUGAUUAUCUGCUCUGAUGACAUGUUGCUUUAUAUUGGUUUACAAAUUCAUAUUUAAGUCUUAAUAUUUAAAAGUAAUGAUUUGUGUUUAGGUACUGUCCCAUUCAAAACUAAAUAUCUUUUUAGAUGCUUUUCAUAUUCUGUAAGAUUGUAUUACUCAGUAUCCAAAAACUUUAUCACUAAAAUAUAUGUAUAGGUUUUCACAAAAUUAUAGUUAUAUAAAAUUAAUAUUUCCUAGUUUUAGUUCAUCCCUAAAUCCAGUUUGGAUUGAUUUGAAGGUCACAAAUCAAGGUAACAUGUCACAUUAAGUUGAAACAAUAACAAUGAGAUGGACUUCAUUUUGUAAAAUUGCCUGCAUUGUUUUAAAUAUGGGAAUGUUUUGAAUUUACUGGCCUUGAAAUUCCUUUUCUACUUUGUGCAUUAAAGAAGUAAUGUGUAAUGUGCUAACAUUGUUUGAAGAAGCGUUACCAGAAGCACCAUUAGGCAAUGUUGAAAAAAUUUCCCUGGUGGAGAUGCAUAGUUUCCACUUCAUUACCGCUCAUAGACUGGUGUGCUUCAAUAUGUUCAAACACAGGCACCAGCACUUAGCUGCAGUCAGCAGGUUUACCCUGUGAAAAGCAAUGUGAACAACAGCCGUACCAAUGCUGGAAGCGGGGAGGGACCAUGCAGUUUGAGAGGGAGAAGCUAAAAAGAGAUAUAUCAGUAUUGCAGUGGAAUAAGGGGAAAUUACAAAAGCACGAAAGAGGAGCUGGCCAAAGUUGAUUGGAAGGGGUCACUAGAAGGGAUGACAGCAGAUCAGUAAUGGCUGGAGUUACUAGGAAUAUUCAGAAGACAUAAGAUAGAUACAUUGAAAGAAACAGCAGCAUUCUGGUGGGAGGAUGUGGCUAAUGGGGAGUGAGCAUAAUAUCACAGAGAUCAUGCAAUAUAGCAAAAAAUCAGAAGGAAGUUAGAAGAUUGAGAAGCUUUUAAAAAUCAGCGGAAAGCAAUGAAAAAAACAGUAAGAGAAACAAUGAAAUAUGAAGGCAAGUUAACCAAAAAUACAAAUGAGGAUAACAAAAGCUUUCUCAGAUAUAUAAAGAGUAAAAGGGAGGCAAGAGUCAAUAUUGGACCACUGGAAAAUGAUACUGAAGCGGUUGUAAUGGGGGAACAAAGAAACGGCAAAUGAAUUUAGGGGGUAUUUUGCAUGUCUCCACUGUGGAAGAUACUAGCAGGUUGUCAGAAAUUCGAGUGGCAGGGGCAGAAGUGAGUGCAGUUGCUACUACUAAGGGGUAGGUGCAUGGGAAGCUGAAAGACCUUGAGGUAGAUGAGUCACCUGGACCAGAUGGAUAACACUACAGAGUUCUGAAAGAGGUAGCUGAGGAGAUUGUGAAGUCAUUAGUAAUGAUCUUUCAAGAAUCACUAGAUUCUGGAAUGGUUCUGGAGGACUGGAAAAUUUUAAGUGUCACAGAACUUGCAAGGGAGACAGAAGAAAGAAAAUUAUUGGCUGGUUUGCCUAGUUUCAGUGAUUGGACAGAUUUUGGAGUCCAUUAUUAAGGAAGAGGUUUUGGGGUACUUGGAGAUACAUAAUUAAAUAGGCCAAAGUCACCAGGAUUUCCUUAAGGGGAAAUCUUGCCUGACAAAUCUGUUGGAAUUCCUUGAGGAAAUAACAGUUAGGGUAGACAAAGAAAAUACAAUGGACGUUAUUUACUUGGAUUUUCAAAAGCCAUUUGAUAAGGUGCAGCACAUCAGGUUGCUAAGCAAGAUAAGAGCCCAUGUUAUUACAGGGAAGGAAUUAUAGGACUUAAAUUAGGAGAAUGGGUGAAGUAUUGGCAGAUAGAAUAUACUGUAGGGAAGUGUAAGGACUUGUACUUUGGUAGAAGGAAUAAAGGCAUGAAAAUGUUUCUAAACAGGGAGAAAAUUCAGAAAUCAGUGGUGCAAAGGAAUCAAUGUGAGGAUUCCCUAAGGUUUAACUUACAAGUUGAGUCAAGUGUUAAGGAAGCCAAAUGCAAUGUUAGCUUCAUUUCGAAAGGAUUUGAAUAAAAAGGAAAGGAAAGGUGUAAUGCCAAGGCUUUAUAAAGCAUUGGUCAGACCACACUUGGAGUAUCAUGAACAGUUUUGGUUGCCUUAUCUAAGAAAAGAUGUGUUCUCAUUGGAGAGUGCCCAGAGGAGGUUCAUGAGAAUGAUUCUGGGAAUGAAAGGGUUAAUGUAUGAGGAGCAUUUGAUAGCUCUGGGCCUGUACUCAUUGAAGUUUAGAAGAAUGAGGAUGGAUCUUAUUGAAACCUAUCGAAUAUUGAAAGGCCUAGAUAGAGUGGACGUGGAGAGGAUGUUUCCUUUAGUGAGGGAGUCUAGGACCUGAGGGCACAGUCUCAGAAUAGAGGGAUGUCCAUUUAGAAUGGCGAUGAGGAGGAAUUUAUUUAGUGAUGAAUAUGUGG